AUGGCUGCAAGCGCUCCCCCCAAGUCUGUCGUGAUAAACGCCAAGGAGAUAUCGAUCCCCACCGGUCUCUUCAUUAAUAACGAGUUCGUCAAGGCGCUUGGUGGGAAAACCUUCGAAGUUGAGAACCCAGCCACUGGGAAAGUACUCCUGUCGAUCGAAGAAGGCCAGGCCGAAGAUGUUGACCUGGCGGUGAAGGCAGCCAGGAAGGCCUUUGACGGCGGGUGGGCUGACUCGGAUCCGGCAUGGAGAGCGUCGCUGUUGCACCGCCUGGCCGAUCUGAUGGAGAAGAACCGAGACGAGAUGCUCGCCGUCGAGAUGGUCGACAGCGGUAAACCUCUCAAUCAAGCAUCGACCGUCGAUCUCCCGGCCUCUAUCGGCACUCUGAGGUACUAUGCAAGUUGGGCGGACAAGGUCUAUGGAAGGACCGCCGCGACCGUGCCCGGGACUUUCACAUACACGGUCCGAGAGCCCAUUGGGGUGUGCGGUCAAAUUAUCCCCUGGAACUUUCCACUUAUGAUGUUCGUCUGGAAGAUUGCCCCUGCUCUGGCAACAGGCAACACAAUCGUGAUGAAGUCGGCCGAGAGUACGCCGCUGUCGGCCCUCAAAAUGUGCGAGCUCAUCCGCGAAGCUGGAUUUCCGGCCGGCACGGUCAACCUGGUGUCUGGUUUUGGUCCGACGGUAGGGGCCGCCAUCGCGAACCAUAUGGACAUUGACAAGGUCGCGUUUACGGGGUCUACUGCGACGGGACGUGUAAUUCUCAAAGCGGCUGCAUCGUCGAAUCUCAAAAAGGUCACGCUCGAGCUCGGGGGCAAAAGCCCGAACAUCGUCUUCCCCGAUGCAGACCUGCAGAAAGCAGUGGACUGGUCGGUCCUCGGCAUCGACUUCCAUGCUGGCCAGGUGUGUCAUGCCGGAACCCGCAUCUAUGUGCACGAGGAUAUCUACGAUGCCUUCCUCGCGGCUUUCACUAAGAAGAUGGCCUCCAUCAAGGUCGGAAGCAUCUUCAGCAGCGAGACAGACCAGGGCCCGCAGAUCAACAGGUCUCAAUACGACAAAAUCCUCGGGUACAUUGACAUUGGGAAGAAAGAAGGGGCGACGCUCCAUCUUGGGGGCAAUCCGGUCUCCAAGGACGGCGGCUACUUUAUCGAGCCCACCAUUUUUACAGACGUGACUCCAGAGAUGAAGAUCGUGAAGGAAGAAAUCUUCGGCCCCGUGGUCGUCAUCGCCAAGUUCAAGUCCGAGGACGAAGUGAUCGUGGCCGCCAACGACACCAGCUACGGCCUGGCCGCGGGCGUGCACACGAACGACUACCAGCGCGCGCUGCGCAUCACCAAGAAGUUGAGGGCCGGCACGACGUGGGUCAAUAUGUUCAACUUCCUGCACUGGAGCAUGCCCUUCGGCGGAUACAAGGAGAGCGGUAUCGGGCGCGAGCUCGGCGGCGAGGCCCUGGACAAUUACACCCAGGUCAAGAGCGUCUUUUUCAAUAUGGGCAUCCCGACUCCCACCCACACUUCUUUUGUAGCAUAG